AUGAUCUCGGAGGAUAUCCCAAGCGAGAGCAACACAGUGCUGAUUUACGCCCCAAGUAUUACUUUCUUCAUUGUGACGCCUAUCUUUAUCCUUUUCCGCUUUUGGGACCGUGUAGCCAGGCGAUCGAUCUACGGGUUUGGUCGCCAUAUUGAAGCCUUGACCACAGAUGAUAAGUUGAUGGCGCUCAAGUUAUUCUAUGUCGCCCAGAUAUUCUACAAACUCACUUGCAAGCCGCUCAGAGGUGCCUGGGAUAAAUCUACCCAGUCAACUUGCAUUGGCCUCAACAAGAACUGGCACGCAAAUGCUGGGUUUUCCAUUGGCACCGAUGCCUUGAUAUUGGCGUUAUCAAUGCAGUCUAUAUGGAUAAGUCAACUACCCAUCACGCACAAACGUGCACUCACGAUGAUUCUCACCAUGGGUGGCAGUGUUGACAUCCAUCGUGCGCAUGACAACUCUCGAUCUGGCAACUAG